AUGGCUGCGCAGCCCAUCAUGCUGCGUCUCGCCAGGCCUGUGGCCGCAUCGAUGCGCCGACAACUCCUCGUUCAAGCUCAGUCUUCACAGCGGAGGUCGUUUGCCGAGAGGAAGGAUACCAUGUUAAGCUCCGACCCGAGUUUUUCACCGUCAUCCACCGCUCCUCCUAAAAUCGAGAUACCCUUGGGCCCUGGAGGUCCCGGAAGUCCUGCACCCACCCCAGCAACCCCGUCAUCCAGCUCUAUCAUUCCUCCGGAGAAUGUUCCCAAGGCACCACCUACUCCUGCUCAAGUUCAUUCAACUCCUCCUACGUCUCCGUCAUCUGUGAGCCCGGCGGAGGCUCCACCUCCACCACCUCCAGCUCCCAAAGCAGCCCCUCCAGCUCGUCGCCGUUUUCGAGGGCUUAGAUUUCUGCUAUAUCUCAUUCUCUUCAGCGCAUUGGGUUAUGGAGGAGCUGUUUUUUACGCACUGAGAAAUGACAACUUCCACGACUUUUUCACCGAGUAUGUUCCAUUUGGCGAGGACGCCGUUUUAUACUUUGAGGAGCAGUCCUUCAAGAAGAGAUUUCCCAAUGCCCGACACAAUGUUUCGCGGAUCGCACGUCCUGAGAAGCCUGACGACAAGAGAGUGACAAUCCCCUCCAAAUCAGGCUUAUCAUGGAAGGUUGCGGAUCAAGAAGGCAAAGGCAGUGAUUUGACCCAAAAGGGUAAACACAACAGCGCUCUAGAAGCCAAUAAACCCCCGACCAAGAAGGAUAUCUCCGAUGCACGCCAGGAUCCUAGUGGUGCAUCCGGAAAAGAGAAGUCGGCUGCUGUUCAGGCUGUGAAGAAAGACGCUCCAGCCGCACCAAAACCAGCAACUACAGAGGCUUCAACAGCACCCCCAAGUCCUGCCACCCCUAGUCCUAAAUCCGAUCCUCGGCCACCAGCUAUUGCGCCAGUCACACAGAUCUCCAACCUGACAGUCCCUAAUGCAGACGAACCUGUUGUCCAAGAACUCGUCAAAAUCGUCAAUGAUCUUAUCACAGUGGUCAACGCUGAUAGUGCAGAUGCAGCGAACAAAUAUUCCGCACCCAUGAAUAAGGCUAAAGAAUCAUUACAAUCCGUUGCCAGCAAGAUAAGCCUUCUUCGGGAUGCAGAGCGAAAAGCUGCCGAAGAACAGAUUCAAGCAGCCCACCGUGAAUUUGAUGAAGGUGCGAAGCAGUUGUUGAAACGAAUUGAGACUGCCCAACUCGAGGAUGAAGCUCGAUACCGUGACGAAUUUGAAGCAGAGCGUACCCGAUUGUCGCAAAGCUAUGAAGAGAAGCUCAAGACCGAAGUCGAGCGGAGCACACAAGUUGCCGAACAACGUCUCCGAAAUCAGCUUAGCGAGCAGGCCAUCGAACUGAAGCGUGAAUUCUCCAAGCAGAUCCAAGACCUCGUCGAAUCGGAGCGUGGCGGACGGCUAUCCAAGCUCUCCGAUCUCAGCACAAAUGUCGACAGCCUCACAGAAUUGACUUCCGAAUGGAACGGCGUGAUCGACACCAACUUGGCGACCCAAAAACUCCAAGUCGCCGUCGACGCCGUUCGAUCUGCACUGGCACGCUCCGCCGCGUCGGACGCUAAACCCCGGGCCUUCGUCCGCGAAAUGGCCGCCUUGAAGCUCGUGGCUGAAGGCGACGCCGUUGUCGACGCAGCCAUCGCCUCCAUCAACCCCGCCGCCUACCAACGUGGCAUACCCUCACAACCACAACUGAUCGACCGCUUCCGCCGCGUAGCAAGCGAGGUCCGCAAAGCAUCCCUUCUGCCCGAAGAUGCAGGCGUCGCCUCACACGCCGCAUCAUUCGUCCUGUCGAAAGUCCUCUUCAAGAAACACGGUCAGCCCACCGGCACCGACGUCGAGAGCAUCCUCACCCGCACCGAAACGCUGCUCGAGGAAGGCAACCUAGACGCGGCAGCGCGCGAAAUGAACUCCCUCACUGGCUGGGCCAAGGUCCUCAGUCGCGACUGGCUCGGUGAUGUCAGGAAGGUGCUCGAGGUCCGCCAGGCCCUCGAUGUCGUCGAGACAGAGGCCCAUCUGCAGUGUCUCCGCAUCGAGGAUGCCGCUACCAAGAAAUAA